CCUCCGCUGUCUGAUUAGAGCGAUGCAACGGUAAAGAAAAUGUGAAAAGUUGCGUAGGAAACAUCCAGCUUUCAAUUUGAGCAUGUGAGCGUGACAACCUACCAAACCACGUUAGAGAGCCGGAGUAAAGGUGGAAGUUCACUAUUUAGGACAGGAUUCCAGACUUUUAACAGAAACAUAAAACUGUCGUGCAUCAGUUAGUUUUGCAUUUGCCGAACAUCAGAAAUUGUGCACAACUGAAGAAGUUCCUCAUCCCAUGGUCGAAAUGGCAGGAAAUUGUUUGGCCGUCCAACGAAAUGGAAAAUGCGAGCAACAAAUAUUCAGUUUCAUUGGUCACGCAAAACCAUCCAAUGCGUCAAACUUUGAAGAAGAACACUCAGAAAUUGACCAGCCAUUUGAAGCAGGACCAGGAUGCUUUCAGGAAUGCAACCAGAUGAGUUCAGGCGCGCAUUCGGAAGUUGGACAAAUAUCUUCUGCCGAAAUUUUGUGGACUGCAUCUACACAAAAUUCUGUUCCCUCUCUAGAAAGAGCAGACAAGCGUGAUGCUUCAUCAGAUGGACUUCAACCAAGGAAAAAGUAUCAACGUAAAAGGAUAUCCAGAAACCAAUCUCAAAGACCAGCGAGCAGCGGACAAAUAACAAUCAAAUGUUAUUGAAUGCCUCUACCGGGAUCAAGGCUGUUAACUCUAAAAAAAAGAACGUUAAAAAUGCCGAAGCUCAUGCUCUGCGGCAACGGCAAAGAAGAUGCCGCGCUGGAAAAGCGUUCGCCAGACUUCGCGAGCUAUUGCCAGGGAUCGAACCCCGUGCCAAUCAGGCCAGGUACACGGUGGUUGAUUAUUUGGCCGCAUAUCUGCGCUUUUUUAACAGUAUAGUGUAUCCCACGGACAUCGACAUUUACCACAGUUAUUUUGCCGAGGACGUUAUUUCCGGUAAAAUUGACCCCGCUCCCAUAUUAGGCAUCAGCCACGAAAUGUUCAUAAAGAAUUUAUUUCCUCAAAUAAAAUUUCCGGAUAAAACCGAUGCAACUCACUCAGGAGAAGUUAGCAUUCAUGAUCAAUCAUCAUCAGAUAUUAAUAACAAUCUUUUCGCGGAUACUAAUGUUAAUUUUGUUAGACUGUAUAAUUAUUUCUCGUCGGAUAAAAAUUUCACUUCCGCUGAGAAAAACAUGUUUCCGAAGGACCGUUAGAGUUGUGUGCACCCUUGCAAAUGUUUUCGGAAUUUGCUUAAAUUGUUUGUUUCAUUAUUCUUGUCCCUAUUUUUGCAUGCUAAACAUACGAGUACUAAUUAGUUGUCGUUGUUUAGUUUAUAAUGGAGCUUCUAGUCUUCA